CUCCAAAUGUACAGGUGUGACUGUGUACGAAACAAAAUGUGGGCUGCAACCUUGGGAGUGAUUUCUGCUGCCUUGGCAGUGGUGAGCAGCUUUGGCCUGAUGUUGUACAUUGGGGUGCCAUUUGUGAUCAUAGUUGCAAAUUCACCAUUUCUUAUUCUAGGUGUUGGGGUUGAUGACAUGUUUAUAAUGAUUUCUGCCUGGCAGAAGACCAGCCUCAUGGGUAACAUCAAACAGCGGCUGUCCAGUGUCUAUUCCAAAGUGGCAGUGUCCAUUACAAUCACCACUAUCACCAACGUCCUGGCCUUCUAUACAGGGAUUAUGACCUCUUUCGGGCCCGUACAAUACUUUUGCACUUAUACAGGAACAACCCUGCUCUUUGGUUAUUUUUAUAACAUCACCUGUUUGGGAGCGUUUAUGGCCCUGGAUGGUAAAAGAGAAGUAGUCUGUCUACGUUGGUUGAAAAAGCCAGAAACUCCUGACCAAAAGUGUUCUUCAUUUAAAAAGUCCUGCUGUGUCCCAUGUGAUUCUCUCCCAGAUGAACAAGAAACUGAUGUCCAUCCAAUGAAUUUGUUCUUCAGAGACUAUUUUGGCCCUUUUCUCACAAGCACUGAGUCCAAGUUUUUUGUAGUGCUUCUAUACAUUUUGUACAUCAUUGGUAGUAUAUAUGGGUGUUUCCAAGUGCAGGAAGGGUUAGACCUUCGAAAUUUGGCAAGUGACGAUUCCUACAUCACACCAUUUUUUAAUGUAGAAGAAGACUAUUUUUCGGAUUAUCGCCCCAGGGUUAUGGUUAUUGUUACUGAAACUCUUGACUACUGGGAUAAAGAUGCUAGGCAAAAACUGGAAAAAUGUCUGGCAGAUUUGGAAAACAGUGACUAAGUAGAUAAAAAUGUUACAGAGUUUUGGUUACGAGAGUAUGUGCAAUAUAUGGAAAAUAGCGGGCAAGAUGUAAAUGAUAAGAAUACUUUUAUAAACAGUUUGCCCAGUUUUUU